AUGGAAGACGCUAACGCUAGUAAGGCUAUUGUUCUGUUCUACUUGGUGGGUCUGAUCCUGCUGGGAGCAAAUGCAGACCCAGUUGAAGAUAAACAAGCUUUACUAGACUUCAUCGCCAAAUUCCACCACUCCAGAGCACUAAACUGGAACGAGAGCUCCUCACUCUGCAACGAAUGGACUGGAAUCACUUGCAACGAAGAUGGCUCUCGAGUGAUCUCCGUUAGGCUCCCCGGCGUCGGCUUCCAAGGCCCCAUUCCUCCCAACACUCUCAGCCGUCUCUCUGCGUUGCAGGUUUUGAGCCUUAGAUCCAAUGGGAUUACUGGGGAAUUCCCUUCUGAUCUCUAUACUCUAAAGAACUUGUCUUUUCUCUACUUGCAAUACAACAACUUAUCUGGGUCGUUGCCAGCUGAUUUCACUGUCUGGAGCAACCUCACCAUUGUGAAUUUCUCCAACAAUAGGUUUAGUGGCACUAUCCCUAGCUCACUUAAGCAAUUGACCCGACUCGCUGCUUUGAAUCUCGCAAACAAUACCCUCUCCGGUGAAAUCCCUGACCUUGGUUCACCAGCUCUGCAGCAGAUCAACUUGUCCUACAAUUACCUCUCUGGUGCCAUCCCUAACUCUCUCAGGAGAUUCCCAAUCUCAGUGUUUGCUGGUAACAGCAACGUUUCGGCUGAAGAAGGUGGUUUCAAUCCACAUUCCUCUCCAUUUCCUACACCAUCACCGCCACAUUCGGUUCUUCCUUCGUCCAAACCCGGGAAGCGUCUCAGUGAAGCAGCAUUGCUCGGGAUUAUAGUUGCUGUUGGGGUGUUAGUAUUGGUGGCUUUUGCUCUAUUGCUCGUUGUUUGUUGCUCGAGGAAGAAAGGAAGUGGUGAAGAUGUGUAUUCGAUUUCGACAAAGUUGCAAAAGGGUGGAAUGUCCCCUGAGAAGAUGGUCUCAAGGAGCCAGGAUGCUAGCAACAAGCUGGUGUUCUUCGAUGGAUGUAACUACGCAUUCGAUUUGGAAGACUUGUUGAGAGCUUCUGCUGAGGUUUUGGGGAAGGGCACGUUCGGAAUGGCUUAUAAGGCGAUAUUGGAGGAUGCUACUACAGUGGUGGUGAAGAGGUUGAAGGAAGUGGGUGCUGGGAAGAGAGAUUUCGAGCAGCAGAUGGAUAUCGUCGGUGGGAUUAGGCACGAGAAUGUGGUUGAGCUCAAGGCUUAUUACUUCUCCAAGGAUGAGAAGCUUAUGGUGUGUGAUUACUACGCCCGGGGGAGUGUCUCAGCUAUGCUUCAUGCCAAAAGAGGGCACGAGAGAGUGCCAUUGGACUGGGAAACGAGGAUGCAGAUCGCCCUAGGUGCAGCACGCGGCAUCUCAUGUAUUCACCAAGCAAAUGGAGGGAAAUUUGUCCAUGGCAACAUCAAGUCCUCCAACAUAUUCCUGAACCCCACCACCGGCUACGGAUGUGUCUCCGAUGUCGGUUUAUCAGCCGUGAUGAGCGCACUUGCCCCUCCGAUCUCUCGUGCAGCUGGCUACCGAGCACCGGAGGUCACCGACACGAGGAAAGCAACACAAGCUUCCGAUGUCUACAGCUUCGGCGUGGUCCUGCUUGAGCUUCUGACUGGGAAGUCUCCAAUUCACACCACGGGUGGGGACGAGAUCAUACAUUUGGUGAGGUGGGUUCAUUCGGUUGUGCGAGAGGAGUGGACAGCCGAAGUCUUCGAUGUGGAGCUGCUGAGGUACCCGAACAUCGAGGAAGAGAUGGUCGAGAUGCUGCAAAUCGCAAUGUCUUGCGUGGUGAGGGUUCCUGAUCAGAGGCCGAAGAUGGACGAGGUUGUGAAGCUGUUGGAGGGUGUUCGAGCUAGGGAUACCGAGAACCGGGGAUCUACGGGAACUUCAACUCCACAGAUGGCGUCAACACCGGUAGCAGCUCCUGCUGCAACUUCGCCACCGCCUCUAGAAUCAUGA